AUGGAUAUCAAAGUGUUGAAUGACGAUUUUUUUAUUUUCGAUAUAAGUGAAUCAAAUGUAGAUCAGGAUGAAGAUGACAACUUUCUAUAUCUAGACAACGCAUGUAAUUUCAAUAUCCUAUUGAUUAUUUCAAGUAGAUCUGCGGAAAAUGAAGAGUAUCCUACACUGUUCUCUACUCAUCUCAUACCGAUAUACGAUCAUAUCUUCUCUGACGAAGGUGGCGUUAUUGUAUUACCCAAGUAUGUUUACAACCUAAACCUUUCAUUUCUAUUCAUGGAAGGUGAUCAACUCUAUUUUAAAUCAUUCGAUUUAAAGACUGCUUCCUAUGAUAUCAAUAUCAAUUUUGACAAAGAGAAACAACGACAACAACAACAACAAUUAAUCACCUACAAUCAUAGUGAUAAUAUCAAUAGUCAAUUAUUAAAAAAGAUUGUUAUUAAUAAUUCACAAGCACAAUCAUAUUAUAUUAUUGCUAAAUUCCGAAAUAGCUACAACAAAGUGUUGUUAACUUUAUCGAAAUCAUAUGAAAUGGGUGUUUAUAAAUCAAUUAUCUAUAGAGAUAGUAUUAGAGUAUAUGAGGGAAUAGAAAAUGAAAUCAAAGCAAUGGAACUACUGAAAGGAAAGAGUAACUUUGUACAACUUAUCGACCAUUUUGAUGAUAAACCAAAUCAAACUUUUCAUAUGGUAACUGAAUUUUGUAAUCAAGGUGAUCUAAGUCAACUCUUUAACUAUAGAUUUAAAAGGGGUGAAGAUUUCCAAGAGAAUCAAAUAUGGCAAUUCAUUAUGCAAAUGUUUGACAUACUAAAGGAAUUGGAAGAGUUUAAGAUUGUACAUUGCGAUAUUAAACCGUCGAAUAUUUUCAUUAAAGGAAAAGAUUUAAAGUUGGUCCUUGGAGAUUUCGGAUGUUGUAUCUUUACGGACAAAAAAGAGGUCAAUCAAUUUAGUCAACCAGAAUACAGUCAGUUCAUGGAGCACCAAGACAAGAAAGCUAAAUUACCUGCUACCAUUGCCCCAGAUAAAGAAUUGAACUCUGUUACAAACAUUGAAAGUGAAGAUUCAGUGUUUGACAUGGAAGAAAAUAAUGAUGAUAUCGUCUUUAAAGCAACAAGAGGAACAAAAGGUUAUAUUGCACCUUACAUACUUAUUUACAUUCAUUUUUAUGACCAAAAAAAGGAAGUUAAAUUUAAGUUAUAUUAUCAACCAAUUGAUAUCUAUUCUAUUGGAUCAACAAUUCUUAAACUAUUAUCAUGUUCUGAAGAAGAUAAGGAUAAUCAUGAAAAAUUCAAAUCAGAUUCAAAGAAUAUUGUUAUUAGUAAAGAUAAAUAUACAGAUCAGCUAAUAGAGUUUGUAAAGUUAUUACUGGACGAUCAACCAAAGAAUAGAGAAUCGGUACAACUAGUAUUUAGUGUAGGAUUAUUUACGGAUUUACUAGAAGAGUUGCUCUUUGGAGAUACUUUCAACCAGAUCAUCGAGCCAGAAACACUACCAAAGUGUCUUAGAAAGUUGGUCUUUGGAAGAGAUUAUAAUCAACCAUUAGUCAUCGGAUCACUGCCCAAUUCGUUGGAAACUUUAGUGUUUGGUUUUAAAUUUAACCAAUUAAUCCAACCAAAGAUACUUCCUCCAAAUUUGAAGGAGUUGAAAUUCGGAAGAAAUUUCAAUCAACCUUUUGAAUCGGAAACACUACCUCCAACUUUAAGAGCACUGAACUUUGGAGGUCAUUUCAAUAGGGAAUUACUGCCAGGAUUUCUACCACAAUCGAUAAAAUCAAUUAGAUUUGGAAAGGAGUUCAACCAACCAAUUAUAGAUAUACUUCCUACAUCACUAAAGGAAUUGAAAUUUAGCACAAUGUUCAAUCAACAGGUUCCACCAGGAAUUCUACCACCCAGAUUAAAAACAUUAAAAUUUGGUAAUAAUUUUAAUCAGCCUUUGCCGAGUCUACCAAAAUCAUUAUUGUCCCUUGCAUUAAAGUUGAACUUCAAUCACCCAAUUCAACCAGGAGUACUGCCGGAAUCACUGGAAGAAUUAAAAUUAAGUUGGCUGUAUAAUCAUAAAAUUCCAAUUGGAGCGCUUCCGAAAUCAUUGUUGCUUUUAAAACUAGGUGAUAAAUUCAAUCAACCUCUUGAAAGAGGAUCACUUCCAGACUCGAUAAAGUUUAUUAAAUUUAGAGAGGAAUUUAAUCAACCUAUUGACGAUGUUUUACCGAAAUCGCUCAAAACUCUGGUGCUUGGAAAGAAUUUCAAUAAACCUUUACAACCAGGUGUGCUUCCUCCGCUGUUGGAAGAGUUGGCCAUAGGUGAGUGCUAUAACCAAACUCUAAUACCUGGUUCUCUUCCAGAUUCGCUCAAGAGAAUUCAAUUUGGAAAUAGCUAUACUCAGGUAAUUGACAAGAGUAUUCUUCCAACAUCAUUGGAAGGUUUACAAUUUGGCGACUCUUAUAACAAUCCAGUACAGUCUGGCUCUCUACCUGAGACUCUGACAUCAUUAGUGUUUGGACACAGUUUUAAUCAACCGAUUCUCGAGGGUGCAAUACCAAGUAAGGUAGAAUAUCUAGAGUUUGGCGAUGCUUUUAAUCAGCCUAUUAGUCAAGGUACACUUCCAAACAACCUUAAAGAACUUGUCAUUGAUUAG